AAUAUUUGGAUGAAAAUGACAAAAACAAUCACAAAUCUCAGGAACAACUUCGGUAAAAAAAUUAGACUUUUAGAUGAAAGUGAAAAAAUAUCUCAUGACAAUUUUGGGAAUUUACUCGAAUGAAAAAUAAAAAGGAUGGAGGAAUGAAUGGGGAUUAGAUAUGAGAGUGUGGAUGACACCAAUCAGAAUUCACUGAAAUCCCUACCCCGGGGCCCACUCCAUCCAUCUGUUUGUUGUGUUGUUAUUUCCUUUCCUUGGUCGCCAAUUACACACGCCCAUUCAUUCAUUCAUUCGCCAUUUGAAGAAAGAAACUAAGUUAGGGUAGGGAGGGUUUGGAAAUGGCUGCAUUCGCUGGUGCCAAGCUUGAAUCCAUCUUCCACAGCAAUGCUACUGCUGUUGCUGCUUCCUCUCCCCUAUCUACUCACUUUCAAAUUAAGCCUCCUCAUAGAAGAACCCAGAGAGCAGCAAAUGUUGUUAGGUGCGAUUCAUCAUCAUCAUCAUCAUCAUCAUCAGAUGUGGUCGUUUCAUCCAAUGCCUCCAGUCUAUCUGCCCUUCAACAGCUCAAAACCUCCGCAGCUGACCGGUAUACCAAGGAAAAGAGUAGCAUUAUAGUGAUUGGGCUGAGCAUCCACACCACCCCUGUGGAAAUAAGGGAAAAGCUUGCAAUUCCUGAAGCAGAGUGGCCCAGAGCCAUCAAGGAGCUCUGUGCUUUAAACCACAUCGAGGAAGCUGCUGUUCUCUGUACCUGCAACCGCAUGGAGAUCUAUGUUGUAGCUCUCUCUCAACAUAGAGGGGUCAAAGAAGUCACCGAAUGGAUGUCCAAGACUGGUGGGAUCCCCGUUUCCGAGAUUUCCGAUCACCGUUUUCUGCUAUACAACACUGACGCCACACGCCACAUCUUUCAAGUCUCCGCUGGACUCGAAUCCUUAGUCCUUGGAGAAGGUCAGAUUCUUGCUCAGGUCAAACAAGUGGCUAAAGUCAGUCAAGGCGUUGCUGGCUUCGGUAGGAACAUUAGCGGUUUGUUCAAACACGCCAUCAUGGUUGGGAAGCGGGUCCGGACCGAGACCAGGAUCGCAGAAGGAGCCGUUUCCGUUAGCUCCGCUGCCGUUGAGCUGGCACUCAUGAAGCUUCCUCAGUCCGCCCAUUCCACAGCCCGAUGCUUACUCAUAGGAGCAGGCAAAAUGGGGAAACUUGUGAUCAAACACUUGGUGUCCAAAGGGUGCACCAGAAUAGUGGUUGUGAACAGAUCCGUAGAAAAGGUGGACGCGCUUCGUGAGGAGUUCAAGGAUAUCGAGAUUAUUUACAAACCAGUUGGUGAUAUGAUGACAUGUGCUGGUGAAGCCGAUGUGAUCUUCACAAGCACUUCGUCCGAAACACCCUUGUUUUUGAAAGAAAACGUGGUUGACCUUCCUCCCGUGGGACCCGAUGUUGGUGGGAAACGUCUUUUUAUCGACAUAUCGGUGCCUAGAAACGUGGGUUCGUGUGUUAACGAAGUGGACAACACGAGAGCGUACAAUGUGGAUGAUUUGAAAGAAGUGGUGGCUGCUAACAGGGAAGACAGGUUAAGAAAAGCAAUGGAAGCUGAAGCGAUCAUUGCGGAAGAACUGAAGGUGUUUGAAGCAUGGAGAGACUCGCUAGAAACGGUUCCUACGAUUAGGAAACUAAGAGCGUAUGCUGAAAGAAUCAGAAGUAGUGACCUGGAGAAAUGCCUGCAGAAAAUGGGUGAUAAUGCAAACAAUAAUGCUAAAAAGGCGGUUGAGGCAUUGAGUCGGGGUAUAGUGAACAAGCUUCUUCAUGGGCCGUUGCAGCAUUUGAGAUAUGAUGGAACGGAUGACCGGACCUUGGAUGAGACCCUUGAGAAUAUGCACGCUCUUAACAGAAUGUUUAAUUUGGAGACGGAAGUUUCUCUUUUGGAAGAAAAGAUUCGAGCUAAAGUUGAACAACAAAAGUAAGCAAACACCCACAAAUGAAAUGACGAUUGUUUUUUUUUGUAUUGAGGAAUGAACGUUCUCCCAACUGUGUUAUUGAUUCAUAAACGUGGUUGUUGAUCUUUGUAAUUAAUUAGAUUACUCUUAUCAUAUGUACAUUAUGAUGUUUUCCCGAUCAGAGUGUAUGUAUGAAAGUCAAUACUUGAUUUCGUGCCUC